AUGUACUUCGAUGAGGUUGACAAGGGCAUGGCUGGUGGAACUGGCCAUAUCGGUGGUGCCGUUCUCGAUGGUAUUUACGGCUACCCAGGUUGGACAUCUUUGACGGUACUAGUGCGAGGUGAUGCAAAAGCCCAGCGGCUUCAGGCCAGAUAUCCCAAGAUUUCAGUUCUAGUUGGCGACAUAGACAAUGUCGAGAUUGUGGAGGCUGCAGCUAAGGAUGCCGAUAUAGUUAUCAAUUGUUGCCCUGAUAUAUCCCACGAAGAAGGAAUUUCUGCAAUACUUCGCGGCCUGGCAAGCCGUGAAGUGAAAGGAUUUUAUUUCCAUACUUCUGGUGCGGCUUUGAUCUGGGACGAGCCGGAUGGCUCCAAAGCCGGAACAAAGGUUUGGGAUGAUAUUGAGGACAUUGGUGUGAUUACCUCGCUACCCGAGGACAAAUCCCAUAGGAAGACAGACAAGUUGGUCUUUGUAGCAUCAGAAGAUGUGAAUGUCGCAAUCAUUUCUCCAACAAUGGUCUGCGGCCUCAGCCAGUCAAUCGAGCAUCCGUUCCCACUUACUCUGCCCAGUAUAUUGAAGGUCAUUCGCUCACUUAACUCUGGCUUCACCGUCUCUGCCGGGGAAAAUCGACUUAGCUAUAUCCAUGUCCAGGAUCUUGCCAGCCUUUAUUUUACGUUAGCAUGUCACGCCCUCAGAUAUAUCGCAUAUGAAGUCGGAUCCACCAAUGAUGACCCAAAAGAAAUUGUCAGCUAUUGUGGUCCAAAGGCCUACUACUUCGCCGAGUUUGGCGACACGUCCUUUGGGAGCUACAUGGCCGAUAUGGUGCGAGAGUUGAACUUCCUAGGAGUCCUGGAGAAUAUAGAGGUGAAACGCAUUGAUUUGAGAGACGCUGAGCAAGCUAGUGGCGCUAUGGAAGAUGACGCUCCAGACUCAUGGGCAAAGCACAUCGCCGCUAGUUACGGUAUUGAUAUGCGGGUGAAGGCAAGUCGAGCCAAGAAACUUGGGUGGGACCCAAGGGUUAAGAAUCUUCAACAUGACUUGGGCGAAGUAUUGAAGAAGUAUUCGGAGAGCGAAAAAGGUGUCUAA